CCUCCAUUGGCUGCAAAAGGGAGCCAAGGCGGCGCCCGCCCGGCUUUUUUGUAAAGCUGCGGCAGCGAGAGGAGAGCGGAGAGGAGCGGAGCAGAAGGGGAGGCAGUGGCCGUUGCCACCGCCGCGGGGCUCGCCUUCUCUGCUGACCGUAGCGAGGGCGGCGGGCGGCCAGGGCAGAGCAGAGCAGGCGGCGCAAGCCCGCGGGGGCUCCGCUGCCCCAUGUCCCCGAAGGGGCUCCCGUGAAGUCAGUCGUCGUGUUCCCGCCAAGGAAGAGAAGGAGGACGAGGAGGAGGGAUGGGGCCAGUUGGCGGCGGCGGCGGCGGCGGCGGGGGAAUGGCUGCGUCUGGCCCGGGCUCGGGAACAGCAGGCACCGCCACCCCCUGGGGGGCGGCAGCAGCAGCAGCAGGCAGGGCAAUGCGGCAGCUUCGCCAGUGAGCGAGGCGCGCAGUUCCGAGAGGGAGCCUGCCGCUGCCCACCCGUGGACGGUUGGCUGCCCCCCCCUCUCUCUCUGAACCAGACCGCUCCAACCCCGCCUUGCAAAAAACAAAAAAGAGAAAGCAUAAAAAGGGGGGGGUGCGCUCGCCCGGCGCCUGUGCCCUCCGCCGCCGCCCCGGAUGCCCUCUGCCCGGCGCGAAGCAGGAUGGGCGCCCUCACCAGCCGGCAGAACGCGGGAGAGGAAGAGGUGGACAUCCCGUCUAAUUCCAUCUACAGAUAUCCUCCUAAAUCCGGGAGCUACUUUGCCAGUCACUUCAUCAUGGGAGGUGAGAAGUUUGAUUCUACACACCCAGAGGGCUACCUCUUUGGAGAGAACAGUGACCUCAACUUCCUUGGAAGCAGACCUGUAGCGUUUCCAUAUGCUGCCCCACCACCUCAGGAGCCAGUGAAGACACUGAGAAGCCUGAUCAAUAUCCGCAAGGACACGUUGCGUCUAGUCAAGUGCACAGAGGAGGUGAAGACGCCAGGAGAAGAAGUUAGCAAAGCCAAAGUCCAUUACAAUGUGGAGUUCACUUUUGAUACAGAUGCCCGGGUGGCAAUCACGAUUUAUUAUCAAGCUACUGAAGAAUUCCAAAAUGGAGUAGUGAGCUACAUCCCCAAGGAUAACAGUUUACAGUCCGAGACUGUCCACUACAAGCGUGGCGUCUGCCAGCAGUUCUGCCUCCCAUCCCACACCGUUGAUCCCUCAGAGUGGACUGAAGAGGAGCUGGGCUUUGACCUGGAUCGUGAAGUCUAUCCUAUGGUGGUUCUUGCAGUGGUAGAUGAAGGAGAUGAGCAUAUGGGUCACUGCCACGUCCUAUUGGCAACAUUUGAGAAGCAUGCUGAUGGCUGUUUUUGUGUGAAACCCCUCAAACAGAAGCAAGUGGUGGAUGGUGUGAGCUACUUGCUUCAGGAGAUCUAUGGGAUAGAAAACAAAUACAACACACAGGAUUCCAAGGUAGCAGAGGAUGAGGUGAGUGACAAUAGUGCAGAGUGUGUGGUCUGCCUUUCGGAUGUACGGGACACCUUGAUCUUACCUUGCCGCCAUCUUUGCCUCUGCAACACCUGUGCUGACACUCUGCGUUACCAAGCCAACAACUGCCCCAUUUGCAGGCUGCCGUUCCGAGCCUUGCUGCAGAUUCGAGCCAUGAGAAAAAAACUUGGACCCCUUUCCCCAACCAGCUUCAAUCCCAUCAUCUCCUCCCAGACGUCAGACUCAGAAGAACACUCGUCUUCAGAGAACAUCCCUCCCGGCUAUGAAGUGGUGUCUCUCCUGGAAGCUCUUAAUGGGCCCCUGACUCCAUCCCCAGCCGCCCUCCCGCUUCACGUCCUUGGUGACAACCAUGUCUCAGGCAUGCUCCCAUCCUAUGGCAGUGAUGGCCACCUGCCUCCCAUACGGACCCUGUCUCCUCUCGAACGCUUGUCGGAUUGUGGCAACCAAGGACUCAAGCUGAAGAAGAGUUUGACUAAGUCUAUAUCUCAGAAUUCCUCAGUACUGCAUGAAGAAGAUGAGAAGGCGUGCAGUGAAGCUGAAAUCAGAGUUUCUAGGAGAAAGUCUCCUUGUCCUCAAGAAGAGGAAUGUGGUGUGACGCCAGAAAGUGAAAACCUCACCUUAUCGUCCUCAGGAGCAAUAGACCAGUCUUCUUGUACAGGGACACCUCUCUCUUCUACUAUCUCUUCCCCAGAAGAUCCUGCUAGCAGCAGUCUGGCCCAAUCUGUCAUGUCCAUGGCCUCCUCCCAAAGCCAGCACUCUGAGAUCAGCACUGACACCAUGUCUUCCAUGUCAGGCUCCUACGUUGCUCCUGGCACCGAAGAAGAGGGAGACAUGGUCCCCUCACCUGCCGCUGCCAGUGCAGUCCCUUCAGAAGGAGAUUCAACCCCUGUUGAAUCUCCAGAUGCAAACUUUGUCAGUAUCUCAGCUGAGGAGCGAGAUGCAGAGGGGAAUGAUGUCAUGGAGGAAGAAGAUGGCUCUCCCACACAGGAAGAUGGCCAAAGGACAGCCGCAUACCUAGGUAUGGAGUGUGACAAUAACAAUGACAUUGGCAACGCAAGCGUGAAAGCACUGGACAAUAAGGUGUGCUCUGAGGCCUGCUUACCUGGUAUACAGCCAUCCCCUGACAAUUCUCUGAACCCCAGCCAGAUGCUGAGACGCCACUACUCCAGCAGUAGCAUCAACCUGGAAUAUGAUGAAGAUAUGCAAUGCAUGAUGGGACAUUUGUGCCCUCGAUGAUGUCACACUGAUUUGGAGACAAAAGCACCACGACAACACAUUUCCCUGGAACACUAAAGAAGCAAAUAGCAGCAAAUCUGCUGCAGUUAAACCCCACCAAUUACUGUGGGCGAUCUCACACACACACACACACACACAGACACAGACACAGACACACACACACACACACACUCACUCCACGUAUUCUUAAUGAAUGGCCCAGUUCCCCAUUUGGUAUUCAUUGUUAAACCGAAUGCACAGUAAGAGUGGAGGAAUGACAUGAGCUGGAUUUGAUGGCUGAUGCCUCCAUCAACUUCUAUUCCUUCAGCUCUGCACUCCCUUUUCCUUUGUAGAUCUUUUCUUUAUGGUGUAUGAUGAUUGCCCAAAUACUCAUUUCACAAUGCUGUGUCACCACCUAUGCUUCUUAAGAGAUGCAUGUAGAUCAUGUAUCUGUAACAGUAUGAUAUGUGCACUGGACAGAUUCAUGCUUUCCACUGAAUGGAUUAGCCCAGCUACUAUACCCCAUUCGGAGAGAGUGGAAGAUACAUGUUUAACACCAUCUAAUGCCUGCAGUAGAGAAAUUCUGGCUUUACCUUGGAAUUCCUUUUCCUUCAAAACUGCCAGGAAAAAUGUUCCAGGAUCAGCUCAAAAGAUAGUGUCUCUUCUCUAAAGUUCCUGAAGACCUGCGCUGCCCUCUGUUUUGAGACAUAGCACCUAUGGACAGAACACAAUACUCCAUAAAGGUGACAUGGUCUAGUGGGCCAAAGAAUAUUCCCUUUUAAAUAAGAGAUAUCCAGCAGCUUUGUCUUAGUGUGAGGGAGGGAGAGAUGAUAGGUAGCCACCCACCUAUCAGAUACUUAACAAAGACAAUUCUUUAUGUGAACAUUCACACAUAGACACCCCAACCCUGCUUUCUACCAAUUUGGGAUCCUACUGUGACUCAAGAAGCAAGAGAAGCCAUGCAUGAAGUUGGACUUAGAAAAAUGGACACAAAGAAGCUACAGGACACUUCUGUGUCCUAUGAUUGUAAGGUGGUAGUGUCUUUUUUUUUAAUGGAAUAGAUUGCCCAUGCAUGGCAUUGCUUAAAAUGCCUACUCCAUUUAUAUGGGAAAAGUCCCUUAAAGGCAUCAUUAGAAACACAUUUUUAGGAUAGUUUCCUUGGUGAAUGUAUGGAAGUUAUGCUGAAGCCAUGGUUCCCAAUCAUUUUAACAACCAGUUGCAGUAAACAGCAUUCUGUUUCGGGCUGGCACCCACGGCUGUAUCUGUUAUCAUCUUCUGUGUUGCUUUUUCAAUCUCCUUUCCCUCCCAGGCUACUUCCUGGCUAUCUUGUGAAUCACAAGCACUCUCUGUUGGGAACCCACUCCUUGAAAAUACCUGCACUAAAACCAGUUGAAUUGUGCCCAUAUUGGAUUGUUAGUAGAUUUCGGAAACCAUGAAGAUAAAUAGUAUUUGACCAACUGCAUCUGUUGUGGCAUGGAGCAAAUAUCCUCCUGGUCCAAUAUUAGAUUUUCUCUAGUGUUAGAUUGCCCUUUUUUGUUUGCCUGUCUGGCAAUAAGACUUUGCUGUAUUCUCCUGUGGGUGCCCUGCAUUUCCAGUCUUUAGUACAACUUUACUGUAGAACAAAAUCAACACUAUAGCUGAGCAAUAAUCUAUAUCCAUGCUACAAAGUGCUAAUUCAGUGAGGAAUUGCUUCAAGGUCUUGAAAUGAUGGCGGUAAAGAAAUUCAUUUUAGCUUGGAUCCUCAUUUCUAUCUCAUGCUUAUAAGAAAAAGGAGUAUCAUAUUGGUAACCAAAUCUCUGCAAGAAAGGUGUUCACUGGGAACACAACAUUGACUUCCCAAGACUUUUUGUGUGGUCUCUCUGUUCCUCCAGAGGAGGAGAGUAGGUCACACCUUGCCUUGCUCUGAAUAAACUGGCCCUCAUCUUCAAGGGGAAAGACUUUGGUCUUCUCAGGUCUUCCUUACUGUAUGUGGUCAAUCAAAAACAGUGUGCAUUGUCUCCUUCAGACUACCAUUCUCUUACCCACUCUGUUUUGACUUCAAAAGGGGAAAGGAGGAGAAUGAUUAUCAAUAGCCCUGGACACCAAGUUGGGCUGGAGAACACAAAGAGUGUUUUAAAAUGAAAAGUGGUUUGGAAGACACAUCACUUCCCUUGUGUAUUUAUUUUAUUGCAACCACCGUCAGCUGGUGGAGCAUAUUUUUGUUGUUUGUUUAUAAGAUACAAAGAGACAAGUACCUGUAUACAUAAAUUGUAUCUUGUCUGUUGUGAAACAACUAUUAAAUGGCCUUGGCCUUCCUAUUACUGACUCUGACCAUCCUGAUAAACUGCAAACAAACAAACCAAGAUCUUGAAUUGCAACUCUCAACUUGCCAAUGAUUGCACUGAGGAGUGUCCGGCAUGGAGUCUCGAAAUGACUGUUUUGUGUUGGAAUCCUCACAAAGUUCAAUGAAGUUGGUGAGCACCAGAAAACCUUGCUGCAUCAUGAGCUUUAGUAACUCAAGCUCUCCUCAUCCAUCUUUCCUGGAAAGAGUCUCUUCCAGGAUCCAUGCGUUUUCUCAAGGUUACCUCAGCACUUUUAGUAAGUAGAGUGUUUCAGUAAGAUGUCAUCCAAAUAGAAAAUUGUUUAAGACAAGACCAGGGACUGGAGAAAGUGCUGGCGAGAAAACAGGAUUGGCUUUGGCUCUACAUGUGUGUUCUGCUUAGUUCUUCUAAACACCCCUAAGAAAAACAUAUUUGGAUUUUUUUAAAAAACUGCCAGGAAUUUCUCAAAACAUGGCAAUACUAGUGUGGUAGAGUGGGAAUUGAGGUUAUGUGUGCGGUUCCUUCCUGAUAGGUUAUUGAGUACAUCUAAGCAAGGCCAUAUGAAACAUCUAUUUCCUCUUGUAUCCUUUUUCUCACUCUUCAGCAAAGGCCAAGUUGCAUAUACCCAGAGCUUUCGUUUUUACAUAACCAGGAAUUGCCAGAUACAAAAUGGUGCCCAUAAAUGUCAAUCAGGCCAUUUGAACAGGGAAGCAGUUUGAGCCCCACUCAGGACACCCAUUAGGCUCUGUUCUGAUGGGCACAUACCACUGCUUGGGGGUACGGAGCCCUCCAGACACACUUGUGUACACCUCAAUGGCAACAAUGCAAUACAUGAAAAUGUUUAUGACUGCAUGACUCUUUAAAGAGUGAAUAAAGCCGUUUACAAGGGAUUGUUAGCUACUGGCUGGAAUUUAUUUGUGUGUGCUAUUUGUAUGGGGGAAAAUAUGUAUUCUCUUCACAUUAGUAUGGACAGUUCGGUUUGCAAAGAGCAUAUUGAUAUCCCGUGGGGUGUAGUGGGUAGAAUGACAGAGUCAGACUCAGGAGACGUGGCUUUGAAUUUCUGCUUGGAAAUUUGCUGAAAGACUGCAACUGUUAAAAACCAUUCCUUAGAUACCCCACUUACCUUGAAAAUCCUGUUACAGUUGCUGUAAGUCAGUUCCUACUUGAUGGAGAAGAGACUCCAUUUUGGCCGCAACUAGAAGUGCAGCGGGGGGGGGGGCAUGACUGUGGCCCUUGAAAUACUGCUGGACUCAAAAGCCCAGCUGCCCUAGCCAGCCUGGACAGUAGUUGCCCAUCUCAGAACUAAAUCAGACCAACAAAGAGAAUCCUAAACAUAUUAUCAUUGCAAUAGUAGAAUGAACUUGUAUGAUUGUACACCAUUACUCUGAUUUAAAAAAAUCUAUCCUGAAAGGAAAAGAAAUAACAUUCCUAAUGCUAUUCACAUCAUGUCGGCUAUGACUUCAGCAAAAACAGUGUUGUCAUCAAGGAAAUGGGAGAAGUGAUACUUAUAGGUCCUGUAUAUAAUAUAAAAGUGGUAAAAGUUUCAUAUGGAGUCAUGCACCUCAGAAAUAAAAGCAAA